AUGGACAAGCAAACAGACAGAUUGACCUACAGACAAAACGGCAGGCCUGGGCAGGCAUGUGCUUGGACAGAUGAGACAGACGAGACAGACGAGACAGACGAGACAGACGAGACAGACGAGACAGACGAGACAGACGAGACAGACGAGACAGACGAGACAGACGAGACAGACGAGACAGACGAGACAGACGAGACAGACGAGACAGACGAGACAGACGAGACAGACGAGACAGACGAGACAGACGAGACAGACGAGACAGACGAGACAGACGAGACAGACGAGACAGACGAGACAGACGAGACAGACGAGACAGACGAGACAGACGAGACAGACGAGACAGACGAGACAGACGAGACAGACGAGACAGACGAGACAGACGAGACAGACGAGACAGACGAGACAAACAAACAAUCCACUCAUAAGGCUGGCCCGCUGGCUCUACUCUUCACUAGUCUGGAGCCCAAUGUACCCCCCCCCCCACACACACAUAUACACAUAAGGACUUCGCCCGCAAAACUGUCCGAUUUUUUGACAUUCAAUUUGAAGGGCCUUCGACAGAAAAUACGCCGGCUGCCGGAGGCGGAGCAAAGGCACGUUUUUCCCUUCCCGGGAAAUCACAAAAGGCCAUAA